UUGGUAGACAUCGACAAUGAUGAGGGAUAUGAAUUGAUUGAAGAGCCUAUUCAUGGAAAUGACUCCACAUUUAGAUCUGUUAUUGCCAUCAGAAAUACUAAACAAUCUGACUUCGGUUCAUACAACUGUUCCGUUUGGAAUGAAUUCGCCAACUUUUCGCCACUUUUAUUAUCCGUGGGAAUAAUAAUCUGCGGAAUUGUUUUCAUAAUCGUCUCCACAAUAAUCAUAAUCCUAUGGUUUAAACACAAGAAUAAGUUUUUUGACCUCAAAUUAGGUCAGACUCUGUCGGUCGACAUUAACUCCACGGCCAACGGAAAGCCGAAUAAUUUAGUAAUAGGUUCGGCAAGUUCUGGCAGUUCUCGCACCGACUCAGACAUUAAGAUGGAGGUGCGGACAACCAGUUCACUGUCGCAACAGUUGGACGACACCGACCAUCACUGCAAUGAACGAAAUGACCGCAAAAAUAUCGCACAAGAGUUGAAUAAUAUUUAUAAUAAGGCUAACAGUGCGGCUCAGCCUUUCGUUUUCCCUUCAAUUCAAAAUUCAAAUGGUUUUAUACCGACUUAUGUGGACUACAGUCACGACUACCUACUGGUGCCAUCAGCACAAGUGCCAUCCACUCGCAACAGUUUAUCGCCAAACCAUAGCCAACACGCGGCGAUAAUUAUCUCAUCGGUGGACAACCAGAGGGCCAGUUAUGCAAUAGAGCCCACGUAUGGCACACUCGGCAGCGACCAGAGGUACCGACCGGUCGGUUACGCGAACCCAUACCUCCGGACAUCCAAUUCCUCAUCAUUUGUGACCACAAACAGUGAUAAUAAUAACACAAACAAUCAAUUGUCUGCCGGAAUGUAUAGCGCCAACCAAAGGUAUAUCACAAACAAUGGACACACCGGCCAGUCGUCUCAAAAUAAUCAAUUGGCGACACAUAAUACGAAUAAUGAAUAA